CUUUUUUAAUUUACAGUAAGAUGAAUGUCACAGAGUCUUGUUUUUAUUUCUGUUUAUAUACAUUAUCCGUUUAAGUUAUAAGAAAAAUGUAUUCAUACACAGUUACUGGUCGAUGUCGUGUAGCUGACAUGUUUGCGUGCCGGACCGGACAACAAUGAAAUAGCUUGGGAACCUUUCACUUUCGGAUUCUUCGUCCCGUGUAGGAAACUAUCCGUGACGCUUCUUCAGUCGCCUCCGUCACUUUUGAAAACGUAGCACCUAAACUGUAGUAGAAUAUAAUUAGAAAAUAGUUUCAUACAUCAUGGCUCUUUUACAAGUAUGUGGUUUUACGCCUUACGCUGAACUCCGUGGACAGAUUCUUCCAGCGGGACAGACGCACCUCGUUGACCGAACCAACCACUACAGUUUCGGGACCAAUACUCAGGAGUUUGCUGUACCUCUGGGUGUAGACCCCUCAGGGUUUCUCAAAUCCUGCAACCGUGAAGGUGGUGUGUGUAUCGACCUGAACCACGGUACGACCACCCUGGCCUUCAAGUUCAAACAUGGAGUCAUCGUGGCUGUGGACUCCAGAGCCUCAGCAGGCCGUUACUUAGCGUCCAACGACGUCAACAAGGUCAUAGAGAUCAACCCCUACCUGCUGGGCACCAUGUCGGGCAGCGCCGCUGACUGCCAGUACUGGGAGAGACUCCUGGCCAAGGAGUGCAGGCUGUACAGGCUGAGGAACAGGCAGAGGAUCUCUGUGGCUGCUGCCUCCAAGCUGCUGUGCAACAUGAUGCUGGGUUACAGAGGCAUGGGCCUCUCUAUGGGAAGCAUGAUCUGCGGAUGGGACAACGAGGGCCCUGGUCUGUACUACGUGGACGACCAAGGGACGCGUCUGUCCGGCCCCAUGUUUUCCACCGGCUGUGGAAGCAGCUUCGCCUACGGUGUGGUGGACAGCGGCUACAGGGAUGACAUGUCGGUGGAGGAGGCGUAUGAGCUGGGCCGCCGGGGCAUCGCUCACGCGACACACAGGGACGCCUACUCUGGAGGGGUGGUCAACAUGUACCACAUGCAGGAGGAUGGCUGGAUAAAGGUGUGUAAGGAAGACGUGUCAGAGCUGAUCCACCGCUACAGGAAGGGAAUGUUCUGAAUGUUCACAACUGGAAAUACCACCAAAUUUCUUUCCAAAGCCUUUUUUUUAUGACAACUAUUCCAAGAUGAAAUUCAAGUGUGUCGUCCGUUUCUGAGUUUGUCUCCAUGAAACGUCAGAGCACGAAAUGCUUUAGAACCAUUUCUCUCCUGACACAUAAACCUAAAAUGUGCAGUCAUCAAACUGUAAGGAUCUUUGUUGGGUAUUUUUAUUCUCUAUAUUAUGUAGUGCAGGUACUGUGUUUGUUGAUUAUCACAAGGUUAUGUGUAGUUUGUGUUCACCAGACAAAUAAUUAGUUUAAAUAAUCCCUUAAAUAAAAGCUCAAUUAUCUUCAUCUUAAA